AUGGCGACGUCAACCUCGGACACAGCACUGGUUGCCAGAACGACGAUGUUCCGCGACCUUCCACUGCAUGCGGACGUUGGCCAUGCGCUUACAACCAUGCUCUUCCGGCGCCCGUCGCCCAUUCAGCUUCAUGCGCUGCCCGUGGCCAUGUUCGGCAACGAUGUCAUUGGCCAAGCUAAGUCUGGCACGGGCAAGACUGCUGUUUUCGGAGUCGCCGCCAUCGAAUACACUAUCCGCCAGGUGGAGCAGCAAAACCAAAAGAUCGAGGGUCAUGUAGUGGGAAUUCCGUUGGCUUUGAUUCUGGCGCCAACUCGGGAGAUCGCGGUUCAGAUUGAGAGUGUGUUGCGGCAAUUGGCUCAGUUUCGACCAGAUAUCGUCAUCCGCACGUGCAUCGGUGGUCUAUCAGUAGCUCAAGAUCAGAUAUACUUGGCAGCCGGGUGCCAUAUUGUGGUUGGCACGCCAGGACGUGUGAAGGCCCUUGUGGAUCAGCACUCACUACCAUGCAGUGCCAUUCGGCUGUUGGUUCUGGAUGAAGUGGAUAAACUCAUGGCGCGAGAUUUCGAGAAAGACAUCGUGCGAGUUCGAAGACCGGACGACGUCACCACUGAGUUUAUUUCGUCUGCUGAAGACCUCGAAAACUGGAAGAAACGAGAACAGUCAAAUUCCCCAGAGCUUUGGCUUCCCCAUUGCAUGGUGUUCUGCAACGGCAAAUUUCGUGCGGAAGCGUUGGCCACAGCUCUUGCAGCGCACGCUCCAGAGGAUACUGGCGACGGUGAAAAUGCAGAGGAGCCUUCAGACGGUGUAGCCGCCGAAAGUUUUUCUGUGGAGGGUACAGGUGAACUGUGCAACUAUGAAGGCAGUGAUGACAAAGCAGGAUUGGUGACAUGCUCUGCGGCCGCUGAAAUAUUACUGGCUAAAGAGACCGAGGACACAGAUACAACAAUUAUAAGGCACAACUGCGAAGACGUAGUGGAGAACUCAACAUCUUGCGCAGCGAAAGGGGGAACGGAGGCGACGCUGUCCCCGGGUCGACUCGGUGGUGCAGACCGUCGCUAA